CGUCCCUCUCUUUUCUCCUCGUACAGCGACGUGUCAGUCCUCCUGUGUUCAGACCUGAGCAGCUAACACACCGGUCACUCUACAGCCAUGGCUCCCAAAGGCAGCAACAAGCAGCAGUCAGAGGAGGACCUGCUUCUCCAGGACUUCAGCAGAAACCUCUCAGCCAAAUCCACCGCUUUGUUUUACGGGAACGCGCUCAUCGUUUCUGCCAUCCCCAUCUGGCUCUUCUGGAGGAUUUGGCACAUGGACCUUGUCCAGUCUGCAGUUCUGUACGCUGUAAUGACUCUGGUCAGCACCUACCUGGUGGCCUUUGCCUACAAGAACGUCAAGUUCGUUCUCAAACAUAAAGUUGCUCAGAAGCGUGAGGACGCUGUUUCCAAGGAGGUGACUAGGAAGUUGUCAGAGGCAGACAACCGCAAGAUGUCCCGCAAGGAGAAGGAUGAGAGAAUCCUGUGGAAGAAGAAUGAAGUUGCUGACUAUGAGGCCACCACCUUCUCCAUCUUUUACAACAACACACUCUUCCUGGUCCUCGUCAUCGUCGCCUCCUUCUUCUUGCUAAAGAACUUCAACCCCACCGUCAACUACAUUCUAUCCAUCAGUGCCUCCUCCGGACUCAUUGCUCUGCUUUCCACCGGCUCCAAGUAAAGUCAGAAGCUGAAGGGACGAGGGAUAAUGGGGUGGGACUGGGAAGGAGGGAAGGACAUGGGGUUAAAAAAAGAAAAAGGGGCAAACAGAUUUUUUUUCACUGAGUUAAGGAAUGGGGUUUGAAGAGAGACUGUGAUAUCACAUUUCAUCUUCAUGAAAUUCAUGAUCAAAUGUCUGGAGGGUGUUUCUCCAGGUCUGUCUUCUGUUUUUUGUAACAAAUAAAGCAACCAGGUAUA